AGUGUGCGUGUUGUUCUCAAAGUGCUUAGCUAGCAAGUAGAAUUGUUUUUUUUAUCUUUGACAGUUGCACGUUUUAGUGCGCGACGGACUAAAUAAUAUGAAAACUUCAUGGGACUCCCGAAGCGCGCUGUCACUUAUAUUGACAGCUCUUUCCCUGUCGUCUGCGCAGCAGGGUAGUAAAAUCGUGGAUUUAAUAGGACAGGGAAUAGGAAGAGAGGUGUCUGCUGUUAAGCAUCCAAUUGAAGAAUCGCUUGUAUAUGUUGGCUCUUCCCAAUGUAAACAUGUCAAGAAGCUGGUUGGAGUUUCGUAUGAACAGUUGACAGGAGAGAAGGAACCGGAUCUUAAUAAGCUAGCUCUGUUUUAUAGUAGUCGAUUUAAAACAGCGUUAAUAAAUAUAACGGACGCUGCUAGUUGGUUAGUGCAAGGUCGUAACAACGAGCCUGACAAGCGACUCAUUAUCUUCUCGCAUGGCUUCACUGACAAACCGCAGGGCGACAACUUCUUAAACAUCAGCAGGUCUUUCCUUCAGAGCCAUGAAAUCAGUGUUCUGGCGUUAGACGGGAGUCCAUUAAUUCGAUGGCUGUAUCUUCGAUCAUCAACAUAUGUCCGGUUUAUUGGUCAGAGGCUUGCUGAAGUUUUAGCAGCAUUGGUUGAACAUGGUCAAGACCCCUCUCUCAUCCACUUAAUCGGGCACAGCCUCGGUUCCCACAUAUCAGGCUUCGCUGGAAAGACCUUUGAAAAAAUAACUGGCAGAAAAAUCGGCCGGAUUACUGGUUUGGAUCCGGCUGGACCUUGCUUUAGCCACGUUGACCCAGAAGUCAGAUUAAAACACACAGAUGCUGAUUUCGUUGACGUCAUUCAUACUGAUUCUGGUGUUUUUGGGAUAAAGGAACCAUUAGGUCAAGUAGACUUCUUCCCAAACCAAGGACUAACGCAACCAAACUGCGUACUGCAAUCUUGCUCUCAUUCUCGCUGUGUGCCAUUGUAUGGAGAAUCCAUAAUAAAUCCUGAAGCAUUUCCAGCUGUCAAAUGUAAAGAUUGGGAAGCGUUUAAGAAAGGGGAAUGCGAAAAAGAAGUCGUUUACAUGGGUUAUCCAACGAAGCCUGGCACCAAAGGCCUAUAUUUCCUUCGAACCAAAGGAGAAUCCCCUUUCGGAUUAGGAAUGGAGGGAACGCGUUAUGUCAACAAUGAGGGCAUUGUGAAGAAUUUGGGGAAUCUAUUUGGAUGAUAAAAAACAGAACAACGCAAUGCGUAAACUACGUAAACAAUAUUUUUUUGUUAGAUUAUCCUUACCCUAAUUAAACGUUAAUAAUUUAUAUUAAAUAAAAAUAUUUAUGUCUUCAACUCCCCUCAUCGGAUAGUUCAAGUAGAACAAAAGUGAAAAGAUGGUAUUUCUGUUCAAUAAAUUUCUGACCUGACGAAAAGUCAAAAAUCAUUUAAUCAUAUAGGUAACACCAUGUACACUUGAACAUCAAAAAAUAAAUAUACAUUAAAUACUGCUAAUUUUACAUUUACUGCCAGUUCUCAAGGGCGUAGAACGGAAGAGAAGAACUGACAAUAACCUCUCGCCACUCUUGUUAAUCGCCAAGUUUUUUUAUUUAUAUCUUAUAGAUCACUUAAAGAUUUAUGUCACUUUUGUUAGAUGAAUUAAUUAAUGUAUACACAAAUAUCUUAAUAGAAUCACCAUAUCUUUUUUACAUACAAUGUUUAUAUUACUAAUAUUCUACUAUCAACAAAAUAUUUACCAGCAUCGAAUGCAGGAUUCUCUCGUUAUAAUACAAUCAAUUCUGUAUUUCAAGCAUUCUAUUGGUGAUUUUACCCUGCAUAUAAUAGUGUCAAUAAGUGUUGUUCAGGCGCUAAACGUUUUUGCAGUUGUCCUGUUAAUAUUCAAGGCGCAUCAAUAAAAAAAUCUAACGUUAUUAAAUCGCUACCCCCGCAACUGGUACCUAAUAUUUAAUUUUAUACUGAGAUGAAUAUAAU